AUGGAAAUGAAAAUCCAGGCAUUACAAACCCCUGUAUGGAAUACUGCUAAAACCAAACUAGACAAUCCCACUUCUGAGGGAGAAAUAAUAGAAGAGGAGUAUGAGAAGAUGAGCAGAGUCACCAGUGGACCCAUCGAGUGGGAACAGCCCAUGUACCAGAACCUGCCGGAGAAAGACAAGGCCGAGUCUGAGGAGCUGGAGGCAAACAGGGGUGCUGGGUUAGGGGGAUACAUCAAGGUGUGUGCAGCCAUGGUGCCUGAGAGUAACUCCUCCUUUGAUAACCCAGAUUACUGGCACAGCAGACUGUUCCUGAAGACAGAUGCUCUACGCAUCUAA